CUCUUCACUUUCUCCUCUCGAGCUGAAGCAGAAGCCUCUCUGACCUUCAUCACCACGCAGAAUGUACACCCACGGCAGGAUGUCUGUUGGCGGUGGAGCCUACAGCAGUAGGUCCAUGUUUGCUGGAACUGGAUCUGGAGGCUCUUCCCGAAUCUCCUCCAGCAGCGGCAUGGCCCUGUACAGCGGUGGAGGUGGAGGUGGAGGUGGAGGUGGAGGUAGCUAUGGCUUCAGCUACAGCAGUGGAGCAGGUGGUGCCGGGUUUGGCGGCGGUGCAGACAGCUUUGAGGUCUCUGCUAACGAGAAGGCCACCAUGCAGAACCUGAACGACCGCCUGGCCUCCUACCUGGAGAAGGUGCGCAAGCUGGAGACGGCCAACGCCGACCUGGAGCUGAAGAUCAGACAGUUCCUGGAGAGCAAGACCUCCCCAUCCGCCAGAGACUACAGCGCCUUCUACGUCACCAUCGCAGAGCUGCAGGGCAAGAUUCUGGAUUCUACCAGAUUCAGCGGGGGCAUCUACCUCUCCAUCGACAACGCCAAGCUGGCUGCCGACGACUUCAGGGUCAAGUACGAGAACGAGCUCGCCAUGCGUCAGUCAGUCGAAGCCGACAUCGCCGGACUGAGGAGAGUCCUGGAUGAGCUGACCCUGAGCCGGACAGACCUGGAGAUGCAGAUCGAGGGCCUGAAGGAGGAGCUGAUCUUCCUGAAGAAGAACCAUGAGGAGGAGCUGCUGGCCAUGCGCACUCAGAUGAGCGGUCAGGUGAACGUGGAGGUGGACGCCGCUCCUCAGGAAGACCUCACUAAGAUCAUCGAGGAAGUCAGAGAACACUACGAAGCCGUCUCUGCCAAAAAUGCCAAAGACCUGGAGGCGUGGUACCAGACGAAGUCAGAGUCACUGACACAAGAAGUAGCAGUCCACACAGAAUCCCUCAGCAUGUCCAAAUCUGAGGUCACGGAAGUCAAGCGGACUCUGCAGAGCCUGGAGAUCGAGCUGCAGUCCCAGCUCAGCAUGAAAGCGUCGUUGGAAAACACCCUGAGCGAAACUCAGAACCGGUACGGGGCAAUGCUCGCGGGUUACCAGAGCCAGGUGUCCAUGAUGGAGGAGCAGCUGGUGCAGCUCAGGGCCGACCUUGAGAGACAGUCCCAGGAGUACCAGAUGCUGCUGGACAUCAAGACCAGGCUGGAGAUGGAGAUCGCCGAGUACAGGAGGCUGCUGGACGGAGAGGGGAGCUGCAGCUCCUCCAUCACCUCCACCUCCACAACCACCACCAAACAGAAAGUGAUCACCAUCGUCGAGGAGAUCGUGGACGGGAAGGUGGUGAGCUCUUCCUCAGAGACCAUCAGUCAGACCCUGUGAGCACCAUCAGGGGGCGCUCUCACAGCUUGCAACAACUUAAAUGCCAAAAUAAAAGUCUGCUGAGGUGCUUCAAAAUAAAA